AUGAUGUUGAAGAAAGCAUACCUGUUGGCCUACAAUGGCUCAAUGUUGGCAGGAUGGACGGUAAUCCUCGCCAAGGUUCUUAAACAUCUCUUAUCUGGCGGAGACGUAAGGGAUGUGUAUCCGCUAAUUUCCAAACUUCUCGUCAUUUUCCAAAGUGGUGCUAUGAUGGAGGUACUACACGCAAUGCUUGGUCUGGUGAACAGUUCCGUGUCUACAACAUUUCUACAGGUAUUAUCACGAGUUUUGGUUGUGUACGGAACAUUGGAGAUUGGACCAACCGCCUCACGUGAGAGUCCACUUUUCACUCAAAUGGUCACAGCAUGGUCUGUAUCGGAGCUUAUUCGCUACUCAUACUAUGCCUUAAAUCUUCUGGGUGUCAAGUGCCAACCGCUCACCUGGCUGCGGUACUCCGCCUUCACUGUUCUCUACCCACUUGGUAUCAGCGGAGAGAUUGGAUGCUUCUACAAGGCACUACCAUACAUAAAGGAAAAUAAGCCGUGGACAGUGGAGAUGCCUAACCGCUAUAACUUCACCUUCUCAUAUUACCAUACCGUGUGGUUCAUUCUCCUUGGUCUCUACCCACUCGGAAGCUAUACCUUGUACUCAUACAUGUUGGGUCAGCGACGGAAAGUGCUCGGCUCCGCCGCCGCAGGAACAGCAGGAGGAAAUAAAAACGUAACGAACGGAAAUCACAAAACUAUGAAGCAGAAACAGUAA